AUGGCCAUCCCAAAGCCGUGGCAAGGCAGCCACCUGCACUUCCUGGGCGUCAUGGGCCUCGCGGUGGCCGUCAUUGUCCUGCUCUUCUAUGCCCUGCUCUGGAAGGCCGGCAACCUCAUCGAGCUGCCCGACCUGCGCAUCGGCUUCUACAACUUCUGCCUGUGGAACGAGAGUGCCGGCCGCCUGCACUGCCACCAGCUCCCCGAGCUGGAGGCCCUGGGCCUGCCCGGGGCUGGCCUGGCCCUGGCCCGGCUGGGGGUCUAUGGGGCCCUGGUCCUCACCCUCUUUGUGCCCCUCCCUCUCCUCCUGACCCGGUGCAAGGACGGCAGGGAGGAGUGGCAGCUGGCCGUGGGCUUCCUGGCGGCCGCCUCGGUGCUGCUGGCCAGCGGCCUAGGCCUCUUCCUGUCCUUCACGUGGCGGUGGCUCUGGCUGGCCCUGCUGGGGCCAGGGUUUCUAGCUUUGGGCACUGCCCAGGCCUUGCUCAUUGUCUUGCUUACAGUCACAGCUGCGUUCCCUCUGGGGACGAGGAACAACAAGAGCCAGUGUGAAAACUGCUAG